AUGGAGGAGAAAGUCCUUCCUGUGGUUCCGCGCAAUGAACUAACAAAGAUCAUUCAAAGACUAGAGGCAGCAACUUCGAGAUUGGAGGAUAUUGCGUCUUCUACUAUUCCGCCAGCGAGUUUGAAUGGCGCCCCUGCUACUCCAGCACCAACAGGUCCUCUGCCAGCUCCACCAGUCCCAGCACAACCUCCAAAACCAGUACAAGAACCAUUGCCGGAAGCUGUAGAGGAGUUUGAUGCGUACCUUGCGGGGACCGUCAAGACAUAUGUGGCUCUGAGUAAUGCGUUGGGAGGGCCUGUGGCCAAACAGGCUACCAGCGUACACAAUGCCUUGAUCGGGCAACGCAGAUUCCUCCUCAUAGCCUCCAAGGCCAAGAAACCUUCGGACAUGAGCAGCAAGGAGUUCGCGGAACUCUUGAAGCCUAUGCAGGAUGGUAUUGUCAGCGCCAACGAUAUCCGAGAUUCGAAUCGUGGAAACUCUUCUUUCAAUCAAUUGAGUACAGUCUCGGAGAGUAUCAGCUUCUUGGCCUGGGUGACUUUGGACACGAAGCCUCAUAAGCAUGUGGAAGAAUCCCUGGGUUCUGGGCAAUACUGGGGUAAUCGUGUGCUGAAAGAGUUCAAAGAAAGCGACCCAAAACAGAUCGAAUGGAUACAAUCGUACUAUGCGGUGCUAAAGGAGAUGAUUGAGUACAUCAAGUCAACAUACCCCCAAGGCGUUCCAUGGAAUCCCAAGGGCGUCUCACUCGCCGAAGCUUUAAAGUCUGGCGCACCUGCCCCAAAACCUGCUGGAGGUGCUCCUCCUCCCCCUCCACCCCCUCCUCCAGGACCACCUCCACCUCCCGCACCCCCAGCGAUUCCAAAGGCCGCCGCAUCACCUGCUGCGGGUGGUCUCGAUGCCGUAUUUAACGAAUUGAAUAAAGGAGAGGCUGUCACCAAGGGACUGCGAAAGGUCAACCCAGAUCAGAUGACACAUAAAAAUCCUGCUUUACGGCGGGAGGCUGCGGUACCUACUCGUAGUGCUAGUCAGAGCAGUGUAACAUCAGAUUUGAGAGCAAAGUCACCUGCUCCUAGUAAGCGACCUAAGCCAGAGAGUAUGAGAACGGAGAAGAAGAAGAAGCCACCAGUAAAGAAGCUUGAUGGGAAUAAAUGGAUAAUUGAACACUACGACAACGAACAAGGCAUCAUCGAAGUCGAAGCCUCCAUCUCCCACUCUAUCCUCAUCUCCCAAUGCAACAAAUCCACCGUCGUAAUCAAAGGCAAAGCAAACGCCAUCUCAAUCGACAACUGCAAACGUCUCAAUCUCAUAAUCGGCUCCCUCGUUUCCUCCGUCGACGUCGUCAAAGCCUCUAAUUUUGCCCUUCAAGUGGACGGGUUCCUGCCUACCAUCCUCAUGGAUCAGGUCGAUGGCGCGCAGGUCUAUCUUACCAAGGAAAGCAUGAGCACAGAGGUCUUCACUAGCAAAUGCUCUAGUGUCAAUUUGAAUAUCCCGAGUAAAGACGAGGAUGAUGAUAGUGAGGAGUUGGCGUUGCCGGAGCAGUUGAGGACGUACAUUAAGGAUGGGAAGGUUGUUACGGAGAUUGUGGAACAUGCUGGAUAG